CUUUCUCAUAGUAGCGAGUCCGUUGUUGCUUGAUGCGGACAUGAGGCUGAAGCAAGAGCUGCUGUCCGUAUUGCCCCGCAGUACCGCGACAUUAGGUGCCAUGUGUGGAGGGUAGCACUCGAAUUGCUUACAUUGCUUGUUGUGUUGAUUGACCUCACCAACAAUGCGCAAUCAGCCUCGCAGCAUCAACUUCGCACCUACGUCGCACUAUCGAGAUGUAUCGCUGGCAUAAAGCGUGGUGCACAGUCCCAGAUGUUGUAGUUGACGGUGCUAAUCCAACAUGCCACGCUUGCUCGACCUCGGCAUCAGCUGAUGCUAUACUGGCGGAGCAUUCAAAUCAGGUGUCUUUGGCGCAAUCAAUCCCCCCUAAUGAACCAAUAGGUCAAAUGUGUCUGCGCUGGCCGCCGGAUCUGCCUUGGUCAUCCAGCAGCCCUUCCAAUCAAAUUGCUAGGUCGCCGGUUGCUAGCAAUACUAUUCAAAUACAGAAUAAUGUCGGGGCAUAUGCGGCCAAGCCGGAGAGCCAACCGGCUUCCCUCAUACCCACCGUUUACAAGCAAACGCUCAACUCCAGUGAAAUUCGUCUCAUGUGCCUCGACUGUGGCGAGGCCGAGGCACCAAUUCACGUAACACUAGAAGUGCAUGAGCAAGACAGCUGUCCCGAGUACGAAACUGUAUCCUAUACUUGGGCAGGCGAAGACGGCAAAAGUGACGAACACAAAGUCAUAUAUGCUGGCGAGUUCUGGGAUGUUCUGCCCCAGACUAUCAACUGUUGGUACCUUUUGCAGUAUCUCAGACCCGCCAAAGGCGCUCGUGUUGUCUGGGUGGAUGCUAUCUGCAUCAAUCAGAACGAUGUGGUCGAACGCGGAGUGCAAGUGGCUAAAAUGGGCGAAAUAUACAGUCUUUGCUCAAGGGUAGUGAUAUGGCUUGGCCGCGACGUUGUCACGAAAAGCACAAAGAGCAACCGCUCUCGACGCCGGUUCGAGGAUAUCCUCGAGUACGGAUCUCUAGAAGAUAUCUUCUCUCGGCGUUACUUCACUCGAGUUUGGAUUAUGCAAGAGUUACUCCUGGCUCCCUACACAGUCAUUCCCUUUCGCGACAAAGACUUUCAUGCAGGACCAUCCACCGUGAAGCACUUAGUCAACCUGGUCGGACAGGAAAGAUGGAAUGAAGUUGGCAGACCAUGGCUUUUGCAUUUAAAUGCAUCUAGCCAUCUUCCGAAGAGGGACCUCUAUGAUAGUUUACGCAAAAUGCUUUCGCCCGAUGUUGGAGCUACUGAUCGUAGGGAUAUAAUAUUCGGUAUUCUUGGACUGAUUAGAAGUUCAAAGCCGUUGGUGCCGGAUUACUCGUUGUCUUUCCGAGAUACUGUUAUUGGAGUGUCUGCUUACCUUCUGUUGGCGCUUAAGCGACUAGAAAUACUAUUCCACGCCGGCGCCCAGAAAACUAUCUCAACGUAUCCCUCGUGGAUACCAAAUUGGGAUACUGCCUGGUUCCAGAUGCCAGACACUCUGGAUGAGAACCCCCACCCCAAAUCGCCCAACGAUAUCUUGGAAGGUUUCAUGGGCAACUUCUCCCUGGGGCCAGGAACCACGGGCGGUCCCAAUCAAAUUGCACCUCGCUGGAAUCUUGAUAUCUCUAUCGAUGUAUCAAGUGCAUCUUUGACAUUGAAGCUGGCACACCUGAUGAAAGUUCCCUCAAGACCAUUGAGAUAUGAUAGUGACGGAGUCGAAAACAAUUCCUGUUUCAUCUUCAGCUCUCCGUCGUGCGAACUCGUGCUGCUUUGCGACGCAAUACCACUAGAUGAGAUCGUUGAGCCGGAAAAGGAUCAUAUCUUCCUGAUCGAGCACGACAGAAAAGCAAGAUAUAUGUUGCUAUUAAUGCGGCAACUCGAACUGCCAGGUCAUUAUCGCUUGAUUGUCUCGUGGUCCUGCUACGACCUAUCUCUGAUUACGAAACAACCGCCGCAAGAUCUAUCAGAUCAUUUCAUCGGCUCGUCACUUCGGGCUAUGCCGUCCUUUCACACAUAUGUGUAUCCAUGGAAAAGUCUGGCCGAUGCUAUCCGCGAUGUAGAAUCCAGCCAUAAAUUCUCCCCGCAUUAUACACACGACACCAAUAGAGCAAGCGACAAUUGCGCCGAGUGCGACCCAGCUCUACUCAUUUUCGAGCAACUGUUCCCGGGUACAACAUGGCCAUUAGACUUUGUCCUUCAAGUUUUUCAGAAUAUUCUCGACGAGAUACGCCAUAUUCACAACAUCCGCAUAGGCCGAAUACCUGAUGUUGGAGGUUACGACGAAUGCCAUGAGCCACUGUCUCAGACGUUUAUCAAGGGCGUGAGACAAGCCUUUAGUUUCUUUGGCUACGAAGUGGACGAACAUUGCAUAUCUGCUACUAUCACUCUUCGGCAGUGGAAAGAUGGACCACACGGGCAUGGCUUAUGGGAGCCAUUUGACGCUGACGAGAGUAUGUUGAGGUUGCAUGCAAACCCGCAAGAACUUCCAGAAUCACAACUCUUGAUACGCCUCCAUCUUCCGUUACAAGUCUUAUUUAAUCAGAUCAGCCUUCGCUCGCGAUUCUUUAACGCCUUCAAGAAUCUUCGUUUCUACAUGUCUGUAACGACGGAAAACGAGAUGGGUAUAGCUCUCAACAAGAACAAUUCAGACUAUACCGGUAUAUUUCCCCGUUGUUGGCCGCAGGUUGCUUUAGAUGAACUUGGCUUGGAUGAAGCAGUACAGCAGGUUGUCAUAGAAUAACAUAUGGGCUAGUUGGAUGUCCACAUCUUGGUGACGGGGUUCAAUAGGCUGUUAGUGUGAUUAGUUGCGUGAUGGCAUAUAUUUGCCAAUGUGAACCUCAAUCAGAACCCA